CAGUCAUUCAGCACAUGCAGCUCACAAACAUGUAUUGUUGCUAAACCUUUUUUUAUUUUUUUUUUUAAAAAAGGUCUUAAAAUGUUAAAAUGCCUCUAUGUUGGCUUAUCAGCGAAGAGGGCAAUCACAAACCCAUCCAACUACCUCAUUUGCAGCCAGUUUUCGUGGGUCGUGGCCCAGAAACGACUAUUAAAGACAAAAAGUGCUCUCGACAGCAAGUUGAACUGAGAGCUGAAUGCAACAAAGGCUAUGUCAAAGUUAAACAGCUGGGAUUAAACCCGACCUCCGUAGACUCGGUGGUGGUGGGUAAAGGCAAUGAGGUGAAAAUAAAGCCGGGACAGCAGCUUCGUGUUGUCAAUCAGCUUUACCCGUACACUGUACUGUUCAAAGAGGAUCCCACUGGGAAUCAAAGUGGCACCAAAAGACCGCGAGAGCAGCUUUCACAUGACAACGAAGACCAGGGAGAGACUCAGAGCAUGAAAGCAGCAAAAGUACCAGAAAAGAGCUGGGUGUCAGCUAGUCCUGAAGAAUGCCCAAAAGCAAGUGAAAAUGUAGGACAUUGGAGCCAAGGCCUGAAGGCGUCUAUGCAAGAUCCAAAUAUGCAGGUAUUCAAGGAUGAUAAAGUCGUCGUUAUCAAAGAUAAAUACCCAAAGGCUCGCCACCACUGGCUGGUCCUUCCUUGGCAGUCGAUUCCCAGUCUGAAGGCUUUACGCGGGGAGCACUGUGACCUGCUGAAACACAUGCAACAGGUCGGCGACCGCAUGAUUCAGCAGUGCCCAGAUUCUGGCUCCACGCGCUUCCGCACUGGUUACCACGCCAUCCCAAGUAUGAGUCACGUUCACCUCCAUGUGAUCAGCCAAGAUUUUGACUCUCCUUGUUUAAAGCACAAAAAACACUGGAACUCCUUUACAACCGACUAUUUUAUGGAGUCUCAUGAUGUCAUUCAGAUGCUUGAAACAAAUGGAAAGGUGGUGGUAAAAGAGGGCACCAGUGACAUGUUGAAACUGCCUCUCCGCUGCCACGUCUGUCACAAAGAGUUGUCCACUAUACCUGCUCUGAAGGAACACCUGAAAUCUCACUUUCCGAGAUAACAACGUGACUUUGAAUUAAAAUAGAUGUUUCAGAUGUUCAUGCGAGCUCUGCAUGUUGAAUAGUUUUGCCACUUUUGUACAUUUUCAAGUUGUGUUAACGAGUUGAAAUUAUUUUGCUGGACCAGAAGCUUUAGUUGCAUUUUCAACUUUCCACUAAUUGUCAUUAAGUAAGAUGAAAGUCUGUAUCAAGAUGUACAUCAUUUAUGUUGAAAAUUUCAGUUUUGAAACAUGUUAUUUCUUCUUCCUAUCUUUUCAAUAGUUAUAGUAACAUAG